AUGAUCCGCCGCGCGUGCAUCAAGAUCGUGGAGUCCCCGUGGUUCGAGAACCUGAUCCUUGCCGCCAUCCUCAUCAACACGAUCAUCCUGUGCACGAUGGAGCCACUCAAGAUGGAGGGGCGGGGGUGCGAGGAAGGCGGCUAUCAGGGCAGCCCGGGCAACAACAAGGCCAUCGAGGAUUCGGAGGCUUUCUUCACCACGCUGUUCACGCUGGAGGCGGUGACCAAGAUCAUCGCCAUGGGGUUCAUCCUUGACAGGACGUCGUACCUGAAGGAUGGGUGGAACGUGAUGGACUUCGCCGUGGUGGUCAUCUCCAUCAUCAGUGCCAUGCCCGGAAUGGGCACGGGCGUCAGCUCGCUGAGGGUGAUCAGGGUACUGAGACCGCUGCGAGCCAUGUCGAUCCUGCCCGGGAUGCGCGUCCUGAUCGGGACCAUGAUCGCGGCGAUACCCAUGAUUGCCAACGUCAUGCUCUUCUGCGUGUUCUUCUUCACGGUGUUUGGCAUCCUGGGUAUGAACCUCUACAUGGGCGUGCUGCGGAACAGGUGCUUCACGGUGGUGACCGAGAGCUCCUGCGCGGACCACGCCGAUCACGAGUCGAACGCGUUCUGCCGCGAGGGCAUGAUGUGCCUCAAGGCGUCCAAUCCCAAUCGCGGCAUCACUCACUUCGAUAACAUCGCGCACUCCUGGCUCACAAUCUUCCAGUGCAUCACCCUGGAGGGUUGGACGCCCAUCAUGUACCACGCGAUGGACGCGGUGACGGGGUGGAGCGUCAUUUAUUUUGUCCUGCUGGUGUUCACCGGAGGUUUCUUCCUCCUGAACCUAGCGCUCGCGGUGAUCACCGAGGUGUACGACGAGGAAAACACCGAGGCAAAGGAGGACGCCGCGGAGGAGGCUGCGGAGAAGGAGGCUGAGCAAGACAAGAAGGAGGCUGAGGCGGCAAAGAGGCGAAAGGAGCUCGGGCUGGACGUGGUCUCCGAGGACGACGAGGACGACGUCGACCACCUGAAGGCCCUCAACCUGAGUCAGGCGGGUCCGAGCCCGCUGCAGAAGCUGUGCCAAGCGAUAAUCGAGCACCGGUUUUUCGGUCCUUUCUUCGUGGGGUGCAUCGCGGUCAACACGCUGGUGCUGGCCAUGGAGUACGACGGCAUGCCCAGCUCCUACGCGGAGGGCCUCGACGUGGUCAACCUGAUUUUGACGAUCGCGUUCAUUCUGGAGAUGGCGACCAAGGUGAUCGGCAUGGGGUUCGAGGAGUACGCUAAGGACCGUUUCAAUCUGUUCGACGCGGCGGUGGUCAUAAUGUCGAUCGUGGAGCUGGCGCUCUCUGCGGGCGGCGGCCUGACUGCCCUGCGAGCGUUUCGCAUUCUCCGCGUGUUGAAGCUGAUUCGCAGCUGGACCAGCCUGCAGAACUUCCUUUACACCAUCUACCUCACCGUGAUGGAGCUCGGCAACUUCACUUUCAUCGUCAUCCUGACAAUCUUCAUCUUCGCGCUGUUGGGCAUGCAGUUGUUUGGCGGCAAGAUGUGCGGUUUGGACGAUGGCGAUACCCCCCGGCACAACUUUGACACCCUGAUCUGGGCGCUCGUCACCGUGUUCCAGGUGCUCACCGGCGAGGACUGGAACGCCGUGAUGUACGACGGCAUGGCGAGCAACGGGUCCUGGUCCGCGCUCUACUUCGUCGCGCUCCUUCUCAUCGGCAACUUUGUGGUGCUCAACCUCUUUGUCGCCAUCCUGCUCACCAACUUUUCCGAGGUUGAGGUGCAGACCGAGUACGAGAGCACAAAGACGCUGAUGGAGAGCGUCUCGUUCUUCAAGUAUCUGAGCAAAAAGAAGGGGCAGAGGGAGAAGACCAAGGAGGAGCUGGAGAAACAGAAGUGGUGGGACGAGCUCCCGGACAAGGACUUUCCCCCGCGCGUGCUCAGGGGAUGGGAGAGGCUCGCCGACGCGGCGUUGGACAAGGCUUGGCAGGAGGAGAAGGAGAGAGCCGAAGAGGAGGCGAGCGCCACGGCCGAGGCGGCUACCAGCGGCUGCGGUCCGAUGCCCGGCGCGGCGCCGAAACCCCUGCACAAGUACAGCGGCAAAUCGCUGAAGGUGUUUGACGUGGACAACCCGAUUCGCAAGUUUUGCUUCAAACUCGUCGACGACAAGCAGUUUGACUACGUAAUCAUGACUUUCAUCCUCAUCUCCUCGCUCACGAUGGCCUUUGAGUCCCCCAAGGCGAUGGAGAACAGCAAGACCAAGGAGGCUCUGGAGGGUGUGGACAUCUUCUUCACGAUUGUCUUUGCGCUGGAGAUGGUCAUGAAGCUGAUCGCGUUUGGUCUGUACUUUGAGGACAAGGACGCAUAUCUGAGGGAUCCGUGGAACUGCAUGGACGGUUUUAUCGUCAUCAUCGGCAUCCUGGGGAAGAUGAUCUCCGGCAACCUCGGGUGGGUUCGAUCGCUGCGCACGAUGAGGGUGCUCAGGCCGCUCCGCGUGAUCAGCAGGGUGCCGGAGCUGAAGGUUGUCGUCAACGCCUUAUUCGCGUCGAUACCCGGUAUGGGCAACGUCUUCAUGGUGUCGCUGCUCUUCUGGCUCAUCUUCGGCAUCCUCGGCAUGCAGCUCUUCAUGGGUUCAUUCGCCCGAUGCGACGAUGAGGACAUAGACGCCAAGGCUGAGUGCUGCACCGGCACUUUCAACAGCACCGUCUACGUGGAGAGGACGUGGAAGUCGGAUGACAUGAACUUUGACAACAUCUUCCUCGCGAUGCAGACGUUGUUUGAGAUGUCCACCACGGAGGGUUGGACCGCGGUGAUGUACAACGGCGUCGACGCCCGAUCACCCGAGCUGGCGCCUAAGCGGGAUCACAAUCCGCCCAUCGCGUUCUUCUUCGUCGCGUUCGAGAUUGUCGCCAACUUCUUCAUCCUCAACCUCUUCAUCGGUAUCAUCCUGGACAACUUCGCCAGGCUGGCUGCCGAGUCCGCCGACGGGAGCAACGGGCUCAUGACCAAGGCGCAGGUUAUGUGGGUCAAGACCCAGCGACGCCUGCAGCAGCAGUCCGAACCCACCAAGGCUGACUACUACCCCGAGGAUCAGACGCGCAAGACCGUGUACAAGAUCGUGGAGAGGGAGGAGUUCGACUGGUUCAUCAUGGCCGUCAUCGUCGCCAACGCGCUUACGAUGAUGAUGGAGCACUACAACAUGAGCGACGCUUGGACCGGCACGCUACUCGGCCUGUCCAUAUUCUUCGCGAUCAUUUUCACCUUCGAGGCUGCGGCGAAGCUGUACGCCAUGUACCCUGAGGCGUACUUCUCCAGUCGAUGGAACUGCUUCGACUUCUUCUGCGUGGCCAUCACCCUGAUUGGCUUCAUGGCUGGCGGCGGCGGCGCGGCUUCUGUUUUCCGCAUCCUGCGUCUUGCGAGGAUCUUCAGGGUUGUGAAGAAGCUGACGGGCUUGCGCAUGCUGUUCAACACCCUGAUCAUCUCCCUGCCCGGCUUGCUGAACAUCGGCGCGCUGAUGUUCCUGCUUUGCUUUGUGUACGCCAUCCUGGGGAUGAACCUCUUUGGCAAAGUCAAGUUUGGCGAGAACCUGAACGAGGAUGCCAACUUCACAAACUUUGGCAACUCCCUCCUCUUGCUGUUGCGUAUGGUGACGGGCGAGGCUUGGAACUCCGUGAUGUACGAUUGCAUGAUUGAUACCGACUGUGACAGCGCGGCCGACUGCGCGAGGGGCGAGUGCUGCGGCAACGACGGCGCGCCUUUCUACUUCAUCACCUUUGUCAUCCUCGGCACGUUCAUCACCCUCAACCUUCUCAUCGCGGUUGUCCUGGACAACUUCAGCAACAACAAGAAGGAGGAGGGCACCAACGUCACCGACGCGCACAUCGAGGACUUCGCCCAGGCUUGGUCCAAGCUGGACCCCCACGCCACGGGUUUCAUCCCCUGCACCCGACUCGUCUCCCUGCUGAAGCUAGCCAAGACGCCGCUCGGC